CAACCCCCAUUUGGUUGGUUGGGCUUUAUUGUCGUUCACUACUCAUUGGCUCGAUUUGGUCUCUGAACUACCCAAAUUUCUAUCUGUUUAAGAUAAAUCCUGCUCUGCUUCAACUAGCGUCUAUUAGGUCACCAAAUGCGCACUGAAUGCACCUCUGUCUGGGUUGAAAUGGAAUAGAAUGAUUGAUUGAUGGCGAAGCCAGUUAACAUAUUGUUCAUCCACCCUGUUCAUUUAGUCGUUGGUUGGAAGAUAUCCUUGAUAAGUUUAGUUAUUCAUCCAAGACUAUCAACGAAAAUCUUGUAUAGCCUACAUCCGUACGUAGUUAUGAUGAUCAUAUGAUAUAGAACCUCCGGGAAGGGAAUGGAUCUUGCGUGGUUUAACUUGUUCCGUCUGAUUUUGGCUCAGGAACUCGAGUCGAGUAUGAUCUCUGUGCUAAGUCAAGUAGAGAUCUUAUUGGACCGUCAGCGGUCGCUGGCUUCUGGACCUAAAUCAUUCCAAUUUAUGAGGCUUAGCCUCUCUUUUCCUAUGCCCUGUGUGUCAUUCGGCUGACCCAGAGGAUAAGCUUCUCCGCCGCGCUGUUUUAUUGAUGUUACUUGCCGGCAGCCUCGCCUCGCCCUGCCUCAGGCUCCUCGUCGUCGCCGCCGCGGUGCCCGCGGCGCUGCUGCUCGCCGGGCUCUCCGUCCUGGUGGCGCUGCAAGCGUGCACCGUCGUCCGGGUGUUCCUUCGGCGGUCGUCCAGGUGCAGAGGGCGCAGAAGGGGGUUGUCGACGGAGGAGGUGCGGAGGCUGCCGUGCUACGCCUUCCGGCCUCCGCUGGCGGCCGAGGAGGAGGCGGAGCAGUGCGCGGUGUGCCUGGAGAGGUUCGGGGCGGGGGAGCGGUGCAGGCUGCUGCCGCUCUGCCGGCACAGCUUCCACGCGCAGUGCGUCGACCCGUGGCUCCUCACCGCCCCCGUUUGCCCCAUUUGCCGCACCCGCGCCGCCGCCGCCGCAAAGCGUAACGGCUAAGAGAAGAAUAAUUCAUUAUUUAUACAAUGAUAAAAUAUAUUUUAAGAGAAUAUUUUAUUUGACUUAAUCUAUCGUAGUGUCGUUCGGGGCAGAUUCAGAAUACCACGAUGAAAAUAAUUAUUAUACUAUAUAUAUUCGAAGGCUGCGCAGCGUGGUCGACGGGAGAGGAGGCGGAAGGUAUAUAUCGACGAUCAGACGAAGAGUCGGGAGGAGGUACCGGCCGUCAAAGACAUAGAAGGGACGGAUAGAUUGAUGACCCCCUCUCUACUACUUUCAAUGCCCGCUUGAUACUUGAAUUGUAUCACACUAUUGACACAAGGCUUCCAUGAGCGUGAGUUAAUACUUGAAUGGUAGAAUUGUUACACAUGAGUAAGAUUCGAAUUACUUGGAAUUUAUUUUUUUAGGGAAUAAGAUCUGAGAAAGGUUCGAAUUA